AUGGCUAUGCCCUAUUCGUUACCCUGUGUCUGUAUUGGUAAAUUUUUCAUGUAUAAAAGUCGACAGCCCAUCUCCAGUAAACUUCUCUUUUCAAAAAGACCGCUGACGCGCAGUCCGUCUCAGGGCUAUAUCGCUCUCCGGGCGCCCACUGCGGCUGGGUCCUUUGUCCGAUUCCGCACCUCCUUCGUCCUUCAGACCUCUUCCGCCGUUUUCCCUGGCGGCAUCGCAACCGCGCCGCGGAUCCUCAUGGAUAUUCGGCCUCCGGGACCGCCGUACGCUGUUCCGCAGCCUGUGUGCCACGUGCCGCGUGCAAUCGAGCCUUGGGUCAAGUUCUUUGCCCAGCCUGUCGCAACCAGCAGUGGCCCCCGCAUCUUGCGCUUCCAUAGGUGCGGGCGCUUUCUGCUGGUUCGCGGCGCCGGCUCAGGAUCACGUGUCGCUUGCAUGACAUCUGUGACAGCGGGGUACAGGCGCCGAUCGGAUGUGUCGCCCACGGGGCCAGCUGCUGCCGCGGAUUGCAGCUGCUGCCGCGCGCGGAAACGUGCCGCCACUCAGCGGAUGGUCUGUUGGCUGGUCGGACAAGGAUUCUUGCCGCCGGGCUCUGGAGCUUAG